UCCCGCCUAACAAAUUUCUCUUUCAAAAUUCGCUCCAUGUUCCAUACAUAUAUAUAGAGAGAGAGAGUGAGAGGGGGAGGGGGACAGAGAGAGAUGGUAUGCGGCAACACAUUUGCGAAGACCAUAUGCUCAAUCUGCUACGAAGAUCUCAAACCCAUCGUCGAAGACCUCCAAUCCAUCUCCAUUUGCGGUCACGUCUUCCACGAGCUCUGCAUUCAACAAUGGUUCGAGUAUUGUUCAAAUGGGAAGAAGAAAAAUUGUCCUGUAUGCAAGCAGACCUGUUCGGAGGCCAAUGUGGGUCGGCUUUAUUUCCAGUCGGUUGGCGAUUCUAACGGUUCCAGCCUCUCUCAGAAACCGAUCAAUUGCGAAGAAGAUCCAGAAGAGUUGCGCAGGGAAAUUGAGAAAUUGGAAGGCAAGAUUUCUGGUCUUGGUUCGGCUUUAGAGCGUCAUCAGAAAGAUAUCAAAGAACUCAGUAAGCAGGUGUGUUUUAGCAAGGAGCAAGCCAAGAAAGAAGCAGAAUUGAAGAAUGAAGCUUUGCGACAAAAAGCAUCUAUUCAACAAUCACUUCAUUUUAAGUCAGAGCAACUUGAUAGAUCAACUUUGGAGUGCACAAAGCUGCAGGAAAGGAAUAUGGCCUUGGCCAAAGAGCUUGCAACACUCAAGCUGUCCUUUGAUUUGGACUUGACACAAGAAGAGGCUCUGAAACUUGCUUCUUUAGGUAAUGAGGCGAACACCAAAGGCACAAUAGACAUUUUGAACAAGACACUGGCUAUUCGCAAGAAGUCUUACAUAGAAUUGAUGGAGAAAUGCAAGGAUCUAGGAAAAGAGGCCCGUUCACUUCGUAAAUCUGAGAAGGCAAAAGAAGAGAAGAUAAAGGAAUUAAAGACAAGGAUACAAGAACUGGAGACAUCUGCUGAAGUAAGAGAUAAUGACGUUUUGAGGGCUUUAAAAACUUCCAAGAAAACUACCCAUGAAGGGAAUAUACUGAAUGAUGUCCACUGGAAUUCCAACUCUUCAUCCAUCAAGAAGUGUUUUGACUAUCAAAUGGACAAACCUACUGAGCAGAAAAAUAAUUUGGAUCAAAAUGGAAACAUGAUGGGUGAUUUAUUUUGUCCUAGGAAAAUAGAGAAGUUCAAGCCAUCCAAGGAUAAGGGUAUAACGAAUACUAAAGAUGAAAGACGUAGCACUGCUCUUGAUAAAGGUUCCUACUUUCUUAUAGAUGAGAAUGAAUCAGAAAUGUCUACCGUCAUGCAUGAAUUUUCACAACCCAAUUGUUUGUCAAGGCAAGAGGCAGUUUUGGAUACAAAAGCUGAUGCUGUAGUGCAUGGACCAUGUAACAAGGAUGCGGUUUCGGGCUCAAGGAGUGAUGGUAAGGUCGAUAUGACCAAAACUUCAUCUGCUGCUAUGGAUGAGGAUGUGUUGCUUCUUGAUGACAUCAAGCAAGUUCAAUCCUUUCUUCACAUUGAAAAAGAGACACCAUGUCCAGUUCUGAUUCCCCAAGCUGAUAUUUGCUUUUCUGGUGGGUUGUUGGGUCCUGAUGGAACAACUAGGCAUUUGGGGAAAUGGUGCAAGCGCACGCAGGGCAAGGGAUCAGCUGUGACAAGUAGUGGUACUUUAAUUAGUGUUGGAGCUGAUGGUAGAGGUGGUAAAAUCAAAGUUCUAAGAUCUCUGAAUCAGUCAUCAUUGGAUGGUAGGGAAACUUCAACUUUGGCAAAGAGAUGCAAGUAUGGAGCUAAAACAAGUAGUUUGCAGUCUCGGGGAUGCUUGCAGAUGGAACACUUCUUUGGAAAGGCAGGUCAAUAAUCAGAUCUACAAGUGGAUUUUGAGAAACUUGAGCUUGAAGUUUUGGUGGAUUCUGGAGUGAUUCAUCGUCGUGAUUUGACACCAGCGUUGUGAAUUUAACGUUGGACAAGACAACUCCGAGGUGAAGACGUGGUGGAAGAGGCACAUCGGGAUUGGUUUAAUUUGAGUGUGAAUUUGCUAGAUAAUUAAGAGUACACUUGUGUAAUUUUUUUUUCUUUUUAGUGGAUUGUUUUGUGG